AUGUGUCGGAGCGAGUCGUUGGCUGUUCACAAGACGACACCGGCAUCUAAACCAAAGCCAUUGUUGAAUAUAUUCAUGAAAGUGGGCUCACAGUCGAAGCUAAACGUGUCGACGCCCGAGUCGACCCCCAAUAAGUCUGAUGAUAGCGGCUCUAAGGGUUCGCCUAAAGGACAAGGAUCUCAGGGCCAGUCGUGGCGGCAGACUAUUUUUAAUCGCAUUCAUAUGACCGGCAAUGGAGGGGCCGGUAGUCCACAGCCAUCGCACAAAACGAGACAAAGUUCUGACACAUCGUAUGAAAUGAAUGCAAUUAUAUGUCGUAAAAAGAGGUCUCGAGAAGAGAUACGGGAGUUGUGGCGGUCGGCCAUCAGACAGCAGAUUAUACUCAACAAAAUGGAUAAACAAAACCAGAGGUUGAAGGGUGGCACGUAUGACAAGCGUAUGAAAUUGGAUUACGACGAGAUCCCUAACUUCAGUGACGCCACACAGUUAUGGGACGCCACCAAACACUGGGACGGCAUAGUGUCUGAUCACCGGACACACACUCACACUCCCGUCUCCUACGACCGGCUACUCAAAGCUAUACAAUUAGGAGUUCCCCGGCAUAAGAAGGGCGAGAUUUGGCUAUUUUUGAGCCAACACUACAAAUGCGUGAAAAAUACUAAAGACAACGACAGUCCCAAUGCGGACACGCCUUACAGACAACUAUUGGGUCAGUUGGCUACACAACAACACGCUAUACUAGUAGACCUGGGUGAGUGUUACACUUCCUUAUAA